CCGUUGCCUCGGGGGCUCCGCCAGCGUGACGUCAGGGGGCGGGUCUGAGCUCCAGCAGCAGCUCCAGCUCUGUCCGCGGCGUCCGAGCCAACAUGAGCCAUGGAUGAGGAGGUCGCCGAGAGCUGGGAGGAAGCGGCCGACAGCGGGGAAAUGGAAAAGCGGUUAGAAGAGAAGCUUCGGAUCAGCCAGAAAGAAAAGGAGUCCAGUAAUUCUUCACGGUCCCUCUUGAAGACAGCCAUGGUGAUACAGGACAACUCUCUACCAGCAGCACCCCCACCCCAGAUACGCAUAUUGAAGCGGCCAGCGAGUAACGGCUCACUGGGAUCAUCCAUGAAUCAGAACAGGCCCACGCCGCAGGUGAAAUCUCUGGCCCAGCGAGAAGCAGAGUAUGCAGAGGCCAGGAAGAGAAUACUGGGCAGCGCCUGCCCAGAGGAGACUCCUCAGGACAAGACCAGCACUGACAGGCCAGGGCGCAAUAACUCUACGUCGCCUUCAGAGGACACCAGAUCAAGCAAUCACACUAUCCGGCAGCCCGCCGGCCCAGACGGCACCCAGGGGUUCCGACAGCACAGAUAAGUGGGCCUCAAGGGCAACCCAGCCAUCGAGGGGAGAGAGAACGAGGGUGGCGACAGAUCAAACGCAGUACUGUUUCCUCAAAACGUCCUUCCUUCAGUUCCCUCGUGUGAGACGGGCCGUGCGUACGGCUGCAACGCCGCCCUCUUCUUCCCUUUCGCAGUCGCGUGGAACUGUCAGGGAGCAAGAAACUCCAAAAAGGAAGUGGAAUGGAAGUGUGCUCUCCUCUCUCCCCACUCCAGUCUGUUUGGCACUGUGAUUAUGGACUUCUUUUGGACUCACUGUGACGAUCCCCCUUUAAGAGACGCCCCUCACCUCCGGUUCGCUCUCAUCAUGUCCUCAGUGGCUCCGUGUGAGGACGCCAGGAGGACAACAGCAAAGACUUGAGCGAAAAAUAGAAUACAAUAAGAUGGUUCAGAUAAGGUAAGACGAGGGGCCAUGUCAAAUCUAGCUGGCUGUUCUCGUGCAGCAGCUUCCUCCCAGCAAUAAUGCCACACGUGACCGUUCAUGUUUUUAAUUUAAAAAAAAAAAAAUCUCAAAUGAUUCUCUAAACUUUUACCUUUUUUGUUUUGUCUUGCUGUCUUUAUCUACACUAGGGAUGCACUGAUAUCUAAUGAAUACAGGUUAAAAUUCUUACACACCACUAAAAAUAUCUAUAUUGUCAAAGAAAUGGAAAUUUGCAUUUAUUUUUUUAAAUCAAAUCAUAUUUACAGUUUCUUCGUGGUACAAAAUGGUUAAUUUUGGCUUCCUCAUACGGUUUAAUAAACAGAUUAAACUGAAGCAUGUGGUGUCUUAAAACUGAGCCGUUCAAAGAAUCAGUGCACCCCUAAUAAGUAAAUUGCCAUUUAUUUUAUAAAAUAGAUGGUAAGAAUCAUGGUUAUGUUGUAGAUCUGACGAGUUCUGUUUACGUUUUUUUUUUUUUUUUUUUUAACUGUCUCGCUUCAUCUGUCAAUUUCAUUUCUAUUUAAAAGAAAAAAAAUAUGAAAAGGAGAUGGUGGAUUUUUUUUCUUUUUUUUAAAGUAGCUUUUCUGCCUUUUUUUGUAAGAAAUGGCAGCAAUGUCAGUGCAGUGUUUUAAUGAAAUGAACCAAAAGCCCCUUUACUUUUUUUAAAAAAGUUAUACUGAAACAAAAUUUAAAAGUGGUGUUUCAAAGUGUGACGGUGGAAUGAAUUAACUGCUGUACUUCCACAGGCCUCCGUCAUGUCGCCACCUUUUCGUGUCCUUCAAGAGUACAUGUUGGAACUCAGGUCCAUGUAAAUGAAAUUUAAUGAAUGAAAUGAUAUAAGAUUGUAUUUUUCCAGUGGGUUUGAUGUCCGUAUGAAAGCUUGGGUUGGCCCGUGGAAACGGCACUCGGUCGGCGAAAGUACAACUAAAAUGUCAAGUGUACGGUGGAUACGUGGAUGCUGCGUGUUUAUUUUGUUUGCCAUUGUUUGCAUCUGCAGAGAACUUCAAGGAACGGUAACUUCACUCCCUAAAGGCCUGUCCUGUAAAUGACGGUCAAGUGCUUAAAAAAAAUAAGAGGAUUAAAAAAAGCAACAGCAGGAUGUGAACUUGAGGAGUUGGCUCGGGCUUUCCAAGAUACUGGGCUGGAUAGAUGUGAUGUUUUUCACCUUUAAAUGUUCAGCGGAGAUCUCAAAGCCAUAUUUAGUAGUGCAACAUUGUUAAUACAAAAAGGCUCUUAUGUUAAUGGGUGAAUUCAGCUUGUGCCUCCUAUAUCACAUCUUUACUUCCUGGUUGUUUUUUAUUGUUUUAGUUCAAGAAACUGACAAUAUUAAGAGAUUUUAGUUGAGAGCAGGAACAGAUGGGCUCGGCUAAGCUCAAAAUAGAAACUGUAAAUACUGAUUUAAUAAAAUGGAUUUACUAAAAAUGUA